UGAUUCCCGAACCCAUUUUGCCCAGGAUGUCAAGAGGUCUAACUCCGCAAAUCAAGCCCGGCAUCUUUUUCAUCAAACCCAAGCCCCCAGCCCUCGUCCCCGCGAACCCUGUUCCCCUCGGUGCCCUGGGUAUGAACCCAGAACCUCCCACCCCUCUCGAGCCGCGUGCCACCCCUCCAACCAUGCCGAACCCCAGACUCAAGACCAGAAAAGGGACGAAGAGCUGCACCUCCUCCUUUCUCACCUUCUAAAAAAAACAGUAAGAUGAGCCGGACACUGGGGGCUAAAGGUUGGCCGACAUCGACUUGUCCAUUGACUCUUGAUCCCUUCCCGUUCCAAUUCACUACGGCCACCUCACUUCCCGUCCACGCCCGCCAUCAAGUCACACCAGGAGUUUUAAAUCUCCGUCCUAGAUCCCGCA